CUGCACCAUAAGCAUUGAACCGCGUUUCUGGGUAUCGAGAUAUCGCUUUUGUUACGAUGUCAACGCCCUGCGCCCCUCGCGCGUCGUCAAUGGCCUGUUCGACAUAGGCGUCUAUUGAUUAUUGCAUUAAUCUUUCAGGAUGGCAACAAGAGGACAGCCAGUUAUUAAUGUUUAUCCAGUAGGCAACUACAGCUUUGGCACCAAAGCCCCAAAGCUGGAAAAGGAUGCGAACGUAAAUGAGCGCUUGGCACGCUUGAAAAGCAAUUAUGAAAAAGACGGCAUGCGACGAUCCGUGGAGGCUAUCUUGCUAGUCCAAGAGCACAACCACCCUCAUGUGCUCCUUUUUCAACUCGGACAGUCUUACUUCCGGUUACCAGGCGGACGGCUACGUCCGGGGGAAGACGAGGUGGAGGGGCUGCGCCGCAAGCUGUCUAACAACCUGGCGCCCCCCAGCACGGCGCUGCAGGUGGUGUGGGACGUGGGCGAGGUUCUGAGUGUGUUCUACCGGCCCAACUUCGACACCGCCUUCUACCCCUACGUGCCGCCGCACAUCAGCCGGCCCAAGGAGUGCCGCAAGCUGCUGGUGGUGCAGCUGCCGGAGCGAUGCGUGUUCGCGGUGCCCAAGAACAUGAAGCUGGUUGCCGUACCUGUAUUCGAGCUGUACGACAACCUGCCGCGGUACGGCCCCAUCAUCUCCGCCGUACCCGCGGUGCUGUCCCGUCUCCGGCUCAACCUGCAGUUCGUACUGCCGCCGCCCCCACCGCCCAUGGAGCAGCAGCAGCAGGGGGGGCAGGACGGCUACGGGCAACACGGGCAACUGGAGCCGCAGUACCCGACAUAGCACGAUAUGGGUGUCACAGAGGGGACAACUUGCUUGGCUGGGCUUGCGGGAGUGGAGAGGAGCAGGCCGCCUGGUUUAUGCGCGUGGCGGUUGUGGCAAAGUGGCAGUGUUGAUUGUGUGUGAACAGGAUUCUUGGGGGUCAAGGGAGGGUAAGAGGGCUGCAAGGGCGUUGCAGAGGGGCUUAGUGGGUUGGUGGCAUCUAGGAUUUGGCCUUGCCUCUUGCAUGGGUGUGCUGACAGUGCAGUACUGGUCGGCCCAUGGGCCCAUUGGUUGCUUCUUACAAGAGAUCUUCCUUUCUGUAACCUUGAGACUUGCCUCAUAUUAAAUCCUGUCCGCAAUCUUCUACGUCCUUUCGCGAGGAAGCGUGGGACAGGUGUUGCCCCUUAUGUUUCAGUUGCUUUGAAAGUGCGAAGGGCUAACAGGAGUAGGCGUGCCAUAAACCGACCAUCAUGGAGGCCUCGUUAGACUAUAUUAGUGUUGGUGUUAACCGAGUAGUAAAUGCGCUGGCGUGGGGUGCGCAUGGCGGCGUCGCUUUUGCCGCCCACCACAUGGUUGCGCUAUAUGACGUUGAGGUAGGGAAUUACUAUUCACGUUUCAACUUGGAAGCUCUAUGUAACUAAUUUGUGCUUAUCUCCGGC